AUGCUUCCUGGACGUGGAGUAGGUUGUUUGCCGGAUAAUCCUUUGGGUCUUUCUUGGCAUGAUAGUAAUUGGAUUCCAAUGCUCAAUUCUAAUAACAUACUAGACUACUUCUCAGAACGUAGUAAUCCAUUCUACGAUCGUAGUUGUAAUAAUGAAGCUAUUAAAAUGCAACGUCUCAGUAUGGAUCAGUUAAGUAAUAUGAUUGGAUUAGAGUAUUGUCUUCUUCAUGUGCAAGAACCAAUUUUGUAUGUAGUACGUAAACAGCACAGACAUUCUCCAACACAUUCUACACCAAUUGCUGAUUUUUACAUUGUUGCUGGAAUAGUGUAUCAAGCUCCAGACCUCCUUUCAAUUAUUAACUCUCACAUGAUGUCUUCAGCAUACCAUUUAGAAACUGCAUUUGAAGAACUAAAUUCGUUAGCUAGAUUUCACCCAUCUAAAGGUUAUUCAUGGGAAAAUCGUAGACCUGGUCAGCCAACUGGUCCUGUAACAGCUCCUCCACCAUCUCCAGUUAAAGUCACUGGCAAAAGAGACAUUGAAGAAGCUAGUUCCCAAUUUCAAAGAUUACGUGUUGAUAUGUUGUUAGUUGAAUUAACUAGAAAGUUUCCUUUACCUUUACCUCAAGCUCUUGCAACAGCACCUCAAAAUACUAUGAAUAAUCAACAAACAAAUGAAGUGAAUAAAAAAGAAAUGAAACAAGAAAUAAAACAGGAAAUAAUUCAAGAUAUAAAUAUUAAACAAGAAUCUCAGCCUACUAACUCUUUAUCACCAUCAAUGAGACCACCCCCAGAAAAGAAGUUUAAACCGGCAUGAUUCACUUCUUAUGUAUAAUGUGUAUAAUUAUUAUGUAUAUAUUUAUUUAUAUGAUUUGCUUUUUAAAUAGGGAUUAAAGAGAACAUAAUAUGAAAAAUAUACUUACUAUAACCUUUUACUUAAAAUAGUUUUGAUUCAAAAUUAAUUAUUAAGUUAUUUUUAUACCAUAAAUGAUAAUUAUCUUAGAAUGAAAAAACUGUGUUC